UGUCAGCUGCUCCGAGCGAUCAAAGCGGGUAAAGCAUUCCGAGUUCUGGCAUAGCACGUGCCAGAAAUAGACAGUAAUUUCCCUUGUGUUGAAUGCUAUGCGGGGGGUGCAACGACAUUCAGACUUUGUGGAUGCACAGGCUUAUACCCUCAGUCAGUUUAAAAGUAUCGUCGAUCGUAGGCGUGUUCUCUGUUCUCCUAAAAAUUGCUAUAAGAGUUGAACAUUAGAAAUGAUUAAAUUGUAAAUAAAAAUUUUAAAUUAAAUUGUAAACAUAUUUAAAUCUUUGAAUACGUAUAUUACUGUCCUUUUUUACUUAUUAAAUUUUUUUACUUAUAUUUGUAUUAAAGAUAAUUUAUAAACUAGUUUUUCUUCUUGUUUAUAGACAAAUUUAAUAAAAUUUAUUGUAAUAAAAUAUUAUUUUUUUAUUGUGCUUAGGCAGUGAAUAUAGUUUAUUGUGUACCGGAUUUAUGUUUCUCAUUUUAAUUACUACAAUAAGACAAUUAUUUGAAGAAAUAUUAUUUUUGAGUGUAAGUGGACAAUUGUGUUAAAAAUUAUUGGAGGAAGUGAAAGAAAAGAGAAAGCAGACGGGCAUUUAAAUAUUAAGUGGAGGGACCAUAAUAAAGAGCGUUGGAGAGAUCAUAAACGAGACAUUUUAACGAAAGUUGUAAUUGAGUGUACAAGGACAGGCAUUAAGUUAAUUGUCUGCAGCACGAAAUCAUAGGCAUGCACGGAAUCAGGAUGUCAUCCUCUGGUACGCAUGGCGCAGGCGGUGUUGGUUGCUGCUGUUUUAGAUGUUGCACGUGUAUACACGUGGAAUUCUUAAAAUCUCUGCCAGGAAUUAUGAAAGUUUGCGAAACGAUAAUUAGUGGAUUAAUUCAAAGUUUGCUCAUUAAUUAUGGCUUAAGAUACAGUUCAUCCAUUGGAUCAGCUUUCGAAGGGUCAUUGACCACAGCAUCCGCGUGUUUUCUGAUUUCCGCUCUAUUACUCCUUUGUUAUAUAAUUUCCGAAAAAAGUUACAAGUUAAUUCGAUCGUCACUUUUGGAGAUGAUGUUCAAUUCUUUAGCCUGCUUCCUGUAUUUAAGCUCAGCAUCUUAUUUAGCUUUUGCAACUAAAUUAUUUCUGAUGGCCGAGUAUUAUCUGAAACCCGGCUUCGACGUUUAUCCUGCCAUGACAGCCGCUUAUAUUCUAAGUGGCGUCGUGGGAGUAUUGCACGGAGCAGAUGCUUAUUUGUCCUUUGUGCAUUACAAAACCGGAAGAUGAAUUACGAUAAUCACGGGAAUGCCAGCUGUAUAAUUCUGCAAUGAUACGUGGCAAUUGUAUAAAUGCCUACACAUUAUGACAAUUAAUUGUAACACACGGAUCUCCUCGAAAAAGAAUUGAGUGCUAGAUUGGACAUCGACUUUACUGACUUUAUUGAUAAUAUAAUUAAAUAUUAUUAAUAAUUAUAAUAUAUGUAAUAAAAUAUAUAAUUAUUAAUAAUAUUAUUUAACUUAAUUAUUAGUAGAAUUAUUACACUGACCCAUCGGUAAUAUCAUUAAAUUAUUCAUAUAUUUAUAUAACAGAUUAAUAAUUUGACAUUGCACAUAUUAUUACUUUUUUUUCAUAAAUUAUUCUGCAUGACGAAAUUGUAGUUAAACGUGAUGAAUCGGAAUAAAAUCAAUUUUACGGAUUACGAUUUUACGGAUUUGUAAUCGUAACAUCCAUUUACAAUAUUGCUUAUCAAUUUGAGGCGUAUCUGACGUGUUUACUGAAUCAAUAUUCCGUUGAAACUUGGUGCGUCAUAGUGCUGUCGCAUAUGCCUAACAAAAUGGAUAGCAUUUAAAAAAUAAUCGAUGAUUCAUCUUGAGACUUAUUCAGUUUCAUUACGUUAAUGCGUAUGUGAUAUGAAAUAAACAUCGGUAAGAAAUAUUAGGAGAGCAUUCAAUUGCCGCUUUGACGUCAUAUUGCCAAAUAUUAACGAGCUGCAGUCUCAAAAGAAUUAAAUCUGAAAUUAUUAACGAUUUGGAUACAUCGGACUUUAAAUAAUAUCUUAUUACUCGGUACUGGUAUUAUAGCGUUUAUUAUAAUAGAAAUUAUAUAUAAAUAAGUCUUUUCAAGAAUUUUCGCGUAUACCCAGAAAUAUUAUUAAUAUUUCCGUUGGGAAUUUAUACAAUUUACAUUUAUAUAAAUGCAGACAAUCAAAUAUGUUUAUAUUUAUUUAUCGUUAUGAUUUACGAUUGAGAGAAGUAAAACUUCAGGAAUUUAAUGUAAUUAUUUUCAAAAUAUUUACAAAUACUUCCAAAAUA